UAAAUUCUCAGUGGACUAUUGACCGAAAAAAUUCGCGAUUCUUUCAUUUUCUGCACAAAAUAAAAAUUGUCUGAUAAAUUAUUAAAAAAAAUGUUGUCUGAAGCAUUGAAGAAUACUUUGCAUCGAGUGGCAAAAGAUGAAGGAUUUGGUGAAUAUGAAAUUGAAACGAAAAUUGGUUCAAGUCAUGGUGAUAAUUACGUUGGUAUUUUGAUUGCGGUGACAAUAUCUGGAACAAAAAAUGUAAAUAAUCAAAGCAAAUACGAGGAGUUGUCGUUGAUUUGUAAAACGCCACCAGUGGAUGAAAACCGUAGAAAGAUCCUCAAAUCAAAUUUGGUAUUCGAUCGUGAAAUUUAUGUUUAUUCAAAAUUAUUACCCGCUUUCACCAGUUUUCAACAAAAUCAAGGACUUAGCGAGGCUGACUCAUUUUUGUCAUUUCCAAAAGUGUACGCGUGUGAAGCAAAUGAAAAAGAUGGAAAUUAUAUUUUAAUUAUGGAAGAUAUGAGAUCGAAAAAUUACGAAAUGUGGCCCAAGGAAAAAGAAAUUUCUCUUGAUCAUGAGCUGCGCAUCAUGACAGAAUUGGGAAAAUUUAAUGGUGUUGCAUUUGCAAUGAAAACUCAACGACCAGAUCAAUUCGCCGAAUUCAAUCAAAUGAACGAUCUUUUUGUGGAUGUUGUGAGUCGUGGAUUAUUUCGGUCGUUAGUGUUGAAAUCAAUCGAGAGAGCAGCAAAUGCAUUAAAAAAUCCGAAAUACAAACAAUUCAUGAACAAUAUUCGGAGCAAUUGCGAACAAAAAUUGGAGUAUUAUUUAUCUGGGACAUGCAACAAAGAUUUCACUGUAAUCGGACACUCGGAUUGUUGGUCAAACAACUUUUUAUUCCAGUAUUUCGAUAAAAAUAAGACCCAAUUGAAGUCCAUUUGCUUUUUGGACUGGCAGUUCACACAUUCCUGUUCACCCGCCCUUGAUUUGCUAUACAACAUUUUUUCUUCAACUGAUAAGAACUUCCGUGAAAAGCACUAUGAACAGUUACUACAAGCUUAUCACUCUUCGUUGAGCACGACAAUCGAGAAACUUGGAAGCGAUCCAGAUGGAUUGUUUAGCUACGAAAAUUUACAAAAUGAAUUGAAGAAAUUCGGUGAAUUUACACUUUUAGUAGUUCCGAUGCUACUAUUAGUCAAAAUUACGAAUCCAAAAGAUAUAAAGCCGAUAGGCGAUUAUUCGGCAUGCGUUGAGAGAGGAGAAGAAAUUGAUCUAAUAAACAACCUCGAUGAAGAAACUCAAGAAAAAUUUAGUGGGUUAAUCAACGACCUUUUUGAUGAUCUUGUGCGUUUGGGGUAUAUAAAUAUAUAACAGCUGCUUGUUGAUUCAACUGGCAAGCUGUGUGAGGUCAUUGACAUAUUCGCAAAUGAAUUAAAAUAAAAUAGAAACCGUUAUAAA